AGAGUGCUGUGUAAAUGGCCUCAGAAAUCAACAUGCCAGGCCCAGUGUGCCUCAUCGAGAACUCUGAUCAGCAGUUGGCAGCCAACCAGGAAGCACUGGACAUCCUGUCUGCUAUCAAGCAGCCUGUAGUGGUGGUAGCUAUUGUUGGCCUUUACCGUACAGGAAAAUCCUACCUGAUGAACAAACUGGCUGGAAAGCAGCAAGGCUUCUCUCUGCGUUCUACAGGCCAGUCUCACCCCAAGGGGAUCUGGAUGUGGUGUGUGCCUCAUCCCCAGAAGGCAGACCACACCCUAGUUCUGCUGGAUACUGAGGGUCUGGAAGAUUUAGAUAAGGGAGACAACCAGAAUGAAUGCUGGAUCUUUGCGUUGGCGGUCCUCCUCAGCAGCACCUUCAUCUACAACAGCAUAGGAGGCAUCAACCAGAAUGCCACGGACCAACUGCACUAUGUGACAGAGCUGACUGAUCUAAUCAAAUCAAAGGCAUCACCUGAGCAAAGUGACAUAGAUGACUCAGCUAACUUUGUGGGCUUCUUUCCAGUCUUCGUGUGGACUAUGAGGGAUUUCUCCCUGGAACUGGAAGCUAAUGGAGAUUCUAUCACUCCUGAUGAAUACCUGGAGAAGUCACUGACUUUGAGAGAAGUGACGAAUGAGAAAACUGAAAGCUUUAAUAAGCCUCGACUAUGCAUCAGGAAGUUCUUUCCAAAGAGGAAGUGCUUCGUCUUCGACAGGCCUGCUGGGAGAAAGCAACUUUCUAAACUAGAGACAAUUCCAGAGACAGAGUUGAGUGCAGAAUUUGUAGAACAAGUUGAAAAAUUCACCUCAUACAUCUUCAGCUCUUCUGAUGUCAAGACCCUGUCUGGUGGCAUCAAAGUCAAUGGGCCACGUCUGCAGAGUCUGGUAGUGACCUAUGUCAAUGCCAUCUGCAGUGGAGAAGUACCCUGCAUGGAAGAUGCUGUACUGACUUUGGCCCAGAUAGAGAACUCAGCUGCAAUGCAAAAGGCCAUUGAGCAGUAUGAAGAAAGGGUGAACAAUAAGGUCCAGUUACCCACGGAAACCCUCCAGGAGCUGCUGGACUUGCUCAGGCCUAUUGAGAGUGAGGCCAUUGCGGUCUUCACGAAGAAUUCUUUCAAGGAUAUAGACCAAAAGUUCCAGGAGGAAUUAGGGGCCCUGCUUGAUGCCAAGCGAGAUGAUGUGAUUAAGAAGAACAAAGACUCUUCAUCAGCUCUUUGUUCAGAUUUGCUGGAGAAUAUCUUUGGUCCUCUGGAAAGAGAAAGGAAACAAGGGACAUUUUCGAAACCUGGAGGUUAUGACGAUUAUCUUCAAGAAAAAAAAAAGUUGGAGAAAAUGUAUAACGAGGUUCCUAAAAAGGGGCUACAGGCUAAAGAGAUGCUGAGAAAGUACUUUAAGUUCAAGGAGGAUGUUGCUAAUUCACUUCUAAAGAUGGAUCAGUCACUCACAGAAAAAGAAAAGGAGAUUGAAGUGGAACGGAUAAAGGCUGAAGUUGCUGAGGCUGUAAACACAGAAUUGAAAGAAAUGCAAGAGAAUUAUGAGCUGAUGACGGAAGAGAAGGUAAAGAGUGUCCUGGAGCAUGUGAAGCAGCUGUCGCAGAAGAUGCAGAAGGAGUGGGAACAGUUAAAGCUUGAGCAACAUAAAAUUGUUUCCCUUAAACAUAAGGAAAAGGACCGGCUUUUCCGGGAAGGAUUUCACAAUGAGAGCAAGAAACUUCUUGAAGAGAUCGACAAAAUCAAUAGGUAUAAUCCACCUAUACCAUGCACCAUACUCUAA